AGAUUCCAGGUUGGUGAUAUCCUCGGGACGUUCGAUACAGAGAGCAACUUGCAAACUUUAACAAAGGCUCAAGCGCGGCACAUACGCCUAGUCACGUGCGAACUAGUCCCGCCAUAUUGUUGUCUUCCGAAUAUUAAAGUUGUUCACUCGCCAUGUCGCGAUACCCGGACUAUCUUUCGCCCAACACAACCCCUUCUAAACCGUCCAACUCCCAGAAGUCACGAGCAAGACGCGAACCAUCUGGCGUUUUCUCCUUGUUUCAGGCACCCCAGAUCCAGCAGUUCAAGGAGGCAUUUCAACUUAUUGACCACGACAAGGAUGGUUGGGUGACGGAAUCUGAUCUCCGAGAGGUAUUCUCAAGUCUAGGUAUUUCACCGUCGAAGAGCAUGCUAGAUGGCCUGCUCAGUGCGCGCCCUGGUGGCCCUGGGCACAGCAAGUCACCUCCUGCGACCCCUUCACGCGACACAUCAGCUUCAUCGGAUAGAGGUAUCAACUUUACCAUGUUUCUCACCAUGAUGAGCGAGCGACUUUUCGAGUUCGAUCCAGAAGCUGAGUUGAGGGAGGCUUUUGAAUGCUUCGACGAGGGCGACACGGGUAUGGUUAAAUCGGAUGAGAUGCAGAAAUGGAUGGGUGAAGUGGGAGAAAGAAUGGAUCAGCAGGAGAUUGACAAAUUCCUUAAGAGUUCAUUCACUGAUCGCCAAGGAAAUUUCAAGUACCGUGAAUGGAUUAAAGUGAUACGAGUGAAUGAUGAUGGUGAUGAACCAGAACCAGACAUGACAUGACAAGUUGUACGAACGAAAACUCGUGUUAUGAACUUGAGCACCGCGCAUCCUGCAAGACCAUUGAUCGCGUUAGAUCCACUCCCCUUUGAGAGGCUCUGCCGGGAAGCGAUCC